AUGCAGGCCGGCAGGUGCCCUCGCAAACGCUGCGCCGUAGGCGUAAAAAAUGGCCUGCAGAUUGUAUUUGUGACACUUCCAAAACCCCCGGAUCCACCGCCUCCAGUUGAAAUUGAGCCGCUAAUGUUUUUUGAAAACGUGCCCCCACCACAGGCACCGCCCGUUAGUCAAAGCGCGGCACGCGCAGCAAACAAGUGGGAGAGAGGCUGGGUCGUAGUGCCGCUUGUGGUUAAUGGCAACGGGGAGAUGGAGCGCUGGCAAAGUGUUGGCAAGGGCGAAUUUUCUAGUCUCAAGGAGGCGUACGAGGCGUGCGGUCCUUUUGAAUUGCUCGCAGAGUACCUGGCCGUCUUCGGCUGUACACUUCUCGACAGGAUCUAUCUCUUGGUUGCAACGAGGGUGGAGGUGAUUGCCUCCCUGCCGUUUGGCGGCGCCAUUCAACGCGUUCUCUCGACGGAAUGGGUGCCGCUGCGUAUUCCAGAUGCAGUGCCGCUUUGUCUCUUGCCGACGGACAGGAGCAGGCUGGAAGAGUUCCAGCACUACUCGUAUGAGCGCGGAUACUAUUACUCUGACGACGCCGACCUCAGUUAUCCAUUUCCUUUUUUGCCACCUGCAGUUGCGGCGGCCCCCACGCUUCACUGCGACUGGUCGGAGCACCUGCGACAGCCGUUCCGUCCACACGGCCUCUCUGAGGGCUGCUCAGUGCUGCUUCGCGGCUUCGCGGAGGAAGCCGUCGUGAAGCUGAAAAACGGCUCUCCUCUUCACAUGCUGCUGCUAGGUCGUCAGAACAACCUGAACCCCGGCCCAAGGUACCUCGGACGUGGACUGAACGGGAAUAACGCCGCGGGAAACGACCACUUUUACGAAUACGUCUUGUGGAGGUCAAAUGAGGACGGCUCCGUCUUCUUUGCACGUCAUACGAUACUCCGAGGGACGAUCCCCGUGCACUGGUCCACACAAUUCCAUAGGGCCAUGGGCGAGCCUUCAAUGGUAUUUAGCCCGAAUCGAGAGGAAGUCCUACGAGGCUGCGAUGUAUACUUUGAGUUUGUGUUUCGUCAGUUAGCAUCCCUUAUAAGGUACGACACGGGAAACGCCCUUCUAAAUGCCGCCCCCAAACUGCGUUGCGUGAGUUUACUUCGGCAGAACCCUCAACAUGGCGAAGGUGUUUUGGCCAGGCACUUUUUGGAUGCGGUGAGGAAAUCGGAUGCCGUGGUGAGUCGCCUUUUCCACGACGCCCAACUGGACCUUGUGCACCUUGAUUGGCUGAAUCUUGUAAAAGACUACGGCGUGGAUGUCGUCACAAGGACGUUUUGGGAAUCGAUCUUGGAGUUUUUGGCUCCGCAGGGCAACGAGGCACUCGCCACGGUGGGUGUAUUACACUGUGACGGCAGCGUCACGCGGAGAAGUUGCCAACGACGCUUCUUGCGGGUUAAUUGCGCAGAUUCUUUGGAUAGAACAAACCUUGGGUGCUUCUUCACGUGCUUUCAGGCAUCCAUCUCCAUGCUGCGUUCGCUGGAAAUAGGGUUGGACCAGUUUGUGGAUCAAACUCCCUUGCCCCCUCUACAAGGACAAGACGACGCCAGUCAGUGCAGACUCUCUUCCUUUUCCUUGGGAGGGAACAAGAUGACAAUAACUCAACCGUUUGUAUGCACGUGGUAUGAGGCCCGCAAUCCGUCACUGUGCCCUGUGGCGGUUGUUCGGGCCCUCUCUGAACUCUACGUGCACAAUGGAGAUGUUGUCGCGCAGCUGUAUACGAGCUCGGCGGCAAUGCAUAGUAACCUUUUACGAAGUAUUUGCGGUUUAAGGUCUACGGCGCACAACGCGGUGAUAGCAACCCAGCGACGGUUUGAAAAUGUGUUUGAGGAUCGAAGCAAAUUCAGAAGCCUUGAACUUUUACUGGGGAGAAACAAGGAUAUUCACUUCCCCUCAAUGAGUCAGUCCUUUCUCACGCGUCCUGUACCACUCCAGUAUUGGACGUGUGCGCUGAUAGCGAUGGGCGUUCCUCUCUUUGUUUCCUCGCUCGAUUUGGCUGAGGCGGUACGACAGGCAGUGGAGGAAAUUUUCUCCCUGAAACUCCCAGCUUGUGGCCUCGCAAGUAACUCGAGUUUUGCGCAGGGUUUUUGCAUAUCCCUGGCCGAGGAUGAGGUCGCAUCCCACAAAGAAUUUCUAACGGCAGUGGGGCAAGUGACAUUUGAGCAGCCGCCGCCCAUGGCAGAGGACGACGGCGCCGUUCUCCACGACAAUGAGCGAAUUGCCGUGAUUGAAUUUGACCACGACCGCUUUGACGCGUCCCAUGUUCAACGGUUUCUCCAGGCGAGAGAGACCCUGCGGGUGCUAAACUGCAGUGUGACACUUGUCCCAUACACCUACCCCAUCCAGGGAACUGCCGAGAAUUCCGCAGGUCUCGUUAAGAAGGCGGCUAACUCCUUGCGAAGCGGCCUCAAGAACUUUGUGAGAGGGCUCAAUUCAUGA